AUGAAGUCUUGGAAAAAGUUACUAGAUGGACCAUCAACUGAUAAAUGUCCUGAACAAAAGGAAAAAGAUACUGCAAUUACAUCACAGAAUAGCCCUGAAGCAAGAGAAGAAAGUCGCUCCAGUGGCAAUGCAAGCAGCAGAAAGGAUGAGAUGAAUGUUCGAGAUACUUAUGUGUCAUCAUUUCCUCGGGCGCCAAGCACUUCCGACUCUGUACGGUUAAAGUGUAGGGAGAUGCUUGCUGCCGCCCUUCGAACAGGAGAUGACUACAUUGCUCUUGGAGCUGAUGAAGAAGAAUUAGGAUCUCAAAUUGAGGAAGCUAUAUAUCAAGAAAUAAGGAAUACAGACAUGAAAUACAAAAACAGAGUACAAAGUAGAAUAUUAAAUCUUAAGGAUGCAAAGAAUCCAAAUUUAAGGAAAAAUGUGCUGUGUGGCAAUAUCUCUCCUGACUUAUUGGCUAGGAUGACGGCAGAGGAAAUGGCUAGUGAUGAGCUCAAAGAGAUGAGGAAAAACUUGACCGCAGAAGCCAUCAGAGAGCAUCACAUGGCCAAGACGGGCGGAACCCAGACUGACUUAUUCACAUGUGGCAAAUGUAAAAAGAAGAAUUGUACUUACACACAGCUACAAACUCGUAGUGCUGAUGAACCGAUGACAACAUUUGUUGUCUGCAAUGAAUGUGGAAAUUGAUGGAAGUUCUGUUGAGUUGGAAGAAUUGGGAAAA